AUGGCAGUGACGUUACACACCACAGCAGGGGAUAUCAAGCUCGAAUUGUUUUGUCAGGAGUGUCCUAAGGCUUGUGAGAACUUCCUCGCAUUGUGUGCUAGCGACUACUACAAAGACAACAUCUUUCAUAGGAAUAUCAAGGAUUUUAUGGUCCAGACCGGCGACCCAACAGGAACGGGAAAAGGAGGGAACAGUAUCUGGGGAGGACCUUUCGAGGACGAGCUCUCAGUAGAGCUUAGGCACGACGGUCGUGGUACGCUGUCUAUGGCAAAUAACGGGCCGAACACGAACAAAUGCAAAACAGCCUCAUCUUGA